AUGGCAUCACCAUCGGCUCCGACGCCGCCGCUGCUGGCCGUGGCGCUGCUCUUCCGCUCCAAGCCGCAGUUCGCCGGCAUCGACCACGUCAUCCACGCCGUCUCCACCUUCGCAGACUCGUCCGUGGAGCUGCCGCUCGCCUCCGCCAGUCGGUUCGGGUCCGUGGCGCUGCUCGAGCGCGUCUGGAACAGCUCCGUCGACCUGGAGCCUGGCGGCAGGUCCCUCUGGUCGGUGCGGAGACUGCUGAGGGACUAUCCGUUGUACAACAAGUGGCAGUUCACAUUGUCUCUGGUGGGGGCGAUCAAGGCGAACAGUGUGGAGGUGGUUCGGUGGCUGUUCGAACGAUACCCGGACUACGGCGUGCGGCGGAAGGUGGUGUACGAGGCGGCGUCAGCGGGUGCGCUGGAGAUCCUUCGGUUCUUCCGGGAGAACGGCACUACCGUCCAUUAUAUGGAGGAAGAGCACGAAGAAAAUGGGGAAUGGGACGAGGAGAAAAUGGGCUGGGAGCGAGGCCGCUGGGUCCUGUGGGGAGGGGUGGACGCGGCGGAAGCUGCCAUUGCAAAGCACCCAGACGUUGUCAGGUGGAUCUACGAAACGCACAAUCACGAGGACAGGAAUGACUACACGGCAAUAGAUGCGGCUUUAAUCGUGGGGGACAUGGAGCUGGCGAACUGGGUGAUGGAUCGAACUGGGAUGCGCCCUGAAGGGCACGAAUCCCUUUUUGGCGCUGCCGCUAAUGGAUACGUGGAGCCGCUGCAAUGGUUUCAAGAUCAUGGUGAGUAUUUUCAAUGGGAUACCGGGACGCUGAUCAAAGCCGCAGAGGCAGGACAAUUGAACGUCGUGCGCUGGAUCAUUGAACGCGACUGGAACGAUAAGGAGCUGGGGGACGAAAGCGGCUCGGAUGAGUACGAUAUUGAGUACCGUUUUCACGACAGAGGGCGCCGGACGUUCCAUUCGUGCCUCGGAGGGGAAGCGAGCUUAGCCAUCCAUGCAGCUUGUGUUAAUGGACACCUGGAUGUUGCUAAGUAUCUUCAUGCUCGAAUCGACAAGCCACUCAACCGUCUCGAUGAGUACAAAGAGAAAGACAGACUGGAAAGGAGAAUCCAGGCGCUAGCAUCGCGGCUGGGAGACGAGCACAACGCUGCACUAGUCGCGGGCGAAACGAUGCUUCGUGCUGCGGAAAAGGGGUUCCUGGACGUUGUACAGUGGCUGUAUACCGAGUACCAUGCCGACCCGCGACUCAAUCUCUUCUGGGUGGAAGGUGCCGCUGAUGAUGAAUACGGAUACAGUGAGGACGACUAUGAGGACCCUCAUCGUAGCGUGGUUGAUGCAGCAGCAGCCAAUGGUCAUUUAGAUAUUGUGCAGUAUCUUCUUCAGGUGAAAAAUGAAGCCUUCAAGGAGUCGGAGGACGCGCAUGCUUCCAAGCGACGACGUACUGGAAGCUUUACGAGUAGCAAGGCCGAUGACCUUGAAGCGGGGUGUACGAGAGCGGCCAUGAAUGAUGCAGCUGCUAAUGGACAUCUGAAUGUCGUUCGGUGGCUCCACGACAACCGCACAGAGGGAUGCACGACCGCAGCGAUGGAUCUGGCGGCUGCCAAUGGGCACUUGGAGGUGGUGCAGUGGUUGCAUGAUAACCGUAGCGAGGGCUGCACCACCGAUGCUAUUGACGAUGCUGCAAGGGGAGGUCACCUGGACGUGAUCAAGUGGCUUCACGCACACAGGCGCGAAGGCUGCACUGCAAUUGCAAUGGACAACGCGGCUGCGGCUGACUUCCUCGAAAUCGUGGAAUGGCUGCACGAAAACCGUAGCGAAGGCUGCACACCUGCAGCGAUGGACGGGGCCGCCGCGUACGGCAAGCUGGACAUCGUCAAGUGGCUGCACCGGAAUCGGUCCGAGGGGUGCUCGGAGCGAGCAAUGGACAGCGCCGCCCACGGUGGCCAUCUGCGCGUGCUGCGCUGGCUGUUCGAGAACCGGUCGGAGGGCUUCACGACUCAGGCGCUGGACAACGCAACGCGCUUCGGCCAGUUCGAGACCGUGUUGAUCCUGCACAACCUCGCCCAGCAAGGACUCGCCAGCGGAGUGGACAUCGUGGACGCCGCCGCAUCCAAACUCUGGAUCGCACAGAGAUACAACGAUAUCAUCACUCCACUAACCGCAGUAGACAAAAUGGAGCUCACGCGGGCGAAUUGA